UAAGACCAUUUGUGUUUUGAUGAACCAGAAACGGCAUCACAUAAAUAAAGAUUAAAUGUUUUUGACAUCUCAUCUUUCGUCGCAGUUUGCGAAUUGAGUUGUUUCGAUUAAUGCGUCAAAUAAACAAUUGUAAAUAAAGUAUCUUUAAUAUUUUCGGUGCAAAUUCACACAAAGUUCCCGAAAAUUAUAUUAUUUAAAAAUGAAGUGUUCAAAGGGAUGCUGGAUAUUCUGUAUAUUGGUGCUGUUGUGCUUUCUUGCAAUUCCAUUGCACAUUGGAACAUUUCGAAUACGAAUUCCACCACGUAUGGCUGAAGAAUUAUUUAAAAACUUCACCAAAAAAUACAAUAUAUCCUAUCCGAAUCCAAAAGAAUUUCAAAAACGCUUCGGUAUUUUCAGAACAACACUUGAAGAUAUCCUCCGAUUAAAUAUGGCUCAUAAUUCAACGGUGCAUUUUGGUAUCACUCCGUAUUCUGAUUUAACUCCUGCCGAAUUUGCCGCAUUGCAUCUGAAUAAAAAUAUGUCACACAUUGUGGCAGCGCGUUUGAAAGGCAUACAAGAGAAUCCACCAGUGAAUAUCAACUCGACAAUGAAAAUAAAUAACAUUAAAUAUGAGUUUACAAACAACAACGAUUACGAUCGUUAUCCAUCGUUUUAUAAACCAAAAUUAUUAAACAAAAACAUUAAUUUCACGCCGUUGAAAGUUGAUUGGAGAAAAGAGAAUGCGCUACGACCAGUUAGAUUACAGGGCAAAUGUGGUGCUUGUUAUGCAUUCAGUGUAAUCGAAAUGAUUGAAGCGGCUUUGUCGAUAAACAAAAAUCUAACAAAAACGUUAAGCGUUCAACAAAUGAUUGAUUGUGCUGAAAAUGGGAAUGAUGGUUGUGGCGGUGGUGAUUCAUGUUUGUUGUUGCAAUGGUUAGUGGAAAAUCAAAUAAAAAUUCGCACCGAACGUGAAUAUCCGAGGUCGGAAGACGGCAUGAAUCAAACAUGCCAUGUAUUGCUUGACGAUUCAGCAUUCGGUUUGGAAUCAUAUCAAAUCUUCGAUUACACGUGCAGCAGUUUCAUCGGGAAUGAAAUUGCAUUGUUAGAAAUAAUCGCAAAUUAUGGACCUGUUGUUGCAGCGGUCAAUGCCACGCCAUGGCAACAUAUCCUCAGUGGAAUUAUCCAGCAUGAAUGCGACUCAAGUGCCGUAGAUGUAAAUCAUGCCGUCUUAAUUGUUGGUUAUGAUCGAUCCGGACCCAUUCCCCAUUAUAUCAUUCAAAAUACGUGGGGUGAUCAAUUCGCCGAAAAUGGUUUUGUUAGAGUGGCCAUCGGAAAUAAUACGUGUGGCAUUGCCACUCAAAUCGCAUUGGCCCAAGUGGAAAAAUAAUCAUUUGAGCGCAUAAAAAAAAUACAAUAACAAUAUUUUUCAUUCAGUUUAUUACAAAUAAAUAGAACUCGACGUAUACAUAUAAAUUAACAAUCGAUUUAAAAAUUAAAUUUGAUAUUUGGAUAUGCUACACAUUAAAAAAAA